AUGGCGAGCGGCGACAGCGACCAGGCCUUUGCGCACAGCUUCCUGGGCUCGGACGGGGACGAGGAGGCGGCCCGGGAGCUGGAGACCGACGAGGAGGAGGAGGAGGAGGAGGAGGAGGAGGAGGAGGGCGAGCUGGAGCCGGAGGAGGAGGAGGAGGAGGAGCCCGAUGCCAGGUUGUCAGACCAGGAUGAAGAGGGCAAGAUCAAGCAGGAGUGUAUUAUCUCUGACCCUUCCUUUUCCAUGAUGACAGUCCAACGGGAAGAUAGUGGAAUCACCUGGGAGACUAACUCAAGUAGAUCUUCUACUCCUUGGGCUUCGGAAGAAAGUCAGACUUCUGGUAUAUGUAGUCUGGAAGGGUCGACUCUGAAUUCUCCUCCAGGAAAUGUUUCCUUUAUCGUGGAUGAAGUUAAAAGGUCUCGGAAGAGAGCUUCUAAGUCCAAGCAUGGCUCACCGUCAUUGCGUCGGAAAGGCAACAAAAAAAGACACUCACUGGAAUCCCCAGAAGUUCCAUCAAACAAAAAAGAUAGUCCUUUAAUUUCAGCAAGCCAGACACUGGACACUGAGAAAGAGAAGUCAUCUACUGGCAUUUAUGAAAGAACAAGUAAAAAGAAGACCACCUCAAACACACCUCCUAUUACUGGGGCAAUAUAUAAAGAACACAAGCCGUUAGUGUUGAGGCCAGUCUACAUUGGAACAGUACAGUACAAAAUUAAGAUGUUUAAUUCGGUGAAAGAAGAAUUAAUUCCUCUGCAGUUUUAUGGGACACUGCCGAAAGGUUAUGUCAUUAAGGAAAUCCAUUACAGGAAGGGGAAGGAUGCAUCCAUCAGUCUAGAGCCAGACUUGGACAACAGUGAUUCUAAUGUACUUUCCAGAAGAGGUAAAUCAGUAGCACAAAGCCCAGAAGAUGACACAGCAAGAGAGCUUGCCCCACCCUGGAGAGGUGCCCUCUCCAAAGGAUCAAAGUCCCUGAGCUCAUUAUUUGGCCAUGAAGAGCAAAAGAAGAUUUAUGUUGAUUCUCCUUUAAAUGCCACCUCUGAAACUGAGCACACAGUUUCCUCUUAUUCAAGAAAUGAUAGCACAGAUCAAGAAGCACAGCUUAGCUCUUCGAAGUUAGUACCCCAACAGCCAGAUGACAAAGCACAAACCCUUGAGGUGGAGCCACCUGGUGCACCUGCAACCGAGUUCCUGGAAACAACAAAGGAAGAGUUUGAGCCUGACAUGCGGGGCAUGGAAUCUUUAGAGAAAGACUCUGCAGCCUUCCCAGCUGUAGUUGAUGACAAGGAGGAAGACGUGUAUUCUGUCAGCCGCUCCCUGUCACUGGAGGCAGAGGAGGAUUCUCUGGAGACAGGAUCACCAGGCCUGGCACCAUCUAGCCAAGAAGAGUUUAAGGCAGACAGGGAAGAGCUAGCACCCACUUCACCAGGAAGAGCAGAACCUUCCACCAGGGAUCUGACCUCUCCAGAGCCCAGCAUCCAGGGAGAAGAGGAACUGGUGCAAGAGCUGCCCGUUUCGUUAUCAUUACCAGAAGUAGAGAAGGAAGUAGAAGCGUCCCUUGCUACAGAUGAACCUGAGGACUCUAGUUUAGCAGAGGAGAUCAUAGAGCUUGAUUACCCAGAGAGUCCUUUAGUUUCUGAGAAGCCCUUCCCACCGUCUUUGUCCCCUGAAGUGGAAUACAAAGAGACUAUUCUACCAUCACAGGUGACAUCCACACCUGAACCUGUCACUUUGUCUGAAGAAGAAAGAGAGGAAAGUGAGUCUGUUUCCACUGAUUCUGCUUUUGUAUCUGAGUACUCAAUCCCACGGGAUUUGAACCAUGAAUUAGACAACCAGGAAGUUGAGGCAGCUUCUCCAUCUCAUGAAAGAGCCAUAUCUGAACCUACAGUUUUUUCAGAAGAAGAGAAUGAGGAAUUUGAACCCUAUGCUGCAGCUGUAGCCUCUGCAUCUCAGCACGCUCUCCCACCUUCCACCACUAAGGAGACUUUGCAGCCCCAGACCCCACUGUUUUCAACAGUUACAUCAAACCACCUGGUCCUCUCGGGAGAUGAGGCCUCAGGAAGUGGCUUUUACACACCGGAUCUCACAUCUGCUUCUGAAUAUCCAACCAUACCAUCUACUACACAAGAGGUGUUAAAGAAAACAACUGACCACAAGCCCCCCUUCAUAUCCCAAGAUGUUUCUGAACCCACGAUUUGGCAAGAAGAGAAGGAAGAUGCUGGGCCACACACCCCAGCUGCAGUUGCUUCUGAACACUCCCUCUCACCAUCCAUAACAGAGAAGAUAUCUGAAUGUCAGACACCUCGACCUCCUACUCUGGGGCAUGCGGUCCUGUCAGAAGGUAAGGUGUUAGGAAGUGAACAUCUGACACCAGUUACGAAAUUGAUUUCCAAAUCCUCAGUUCCAUCCAUUGCAACACAGGAAUCCCAAAAGAAAAUAAUUGAUGAUGUACCCCAGUUCAAGUCAGAAGGAAUUUCUGAGCCCAUGAUUCUGUCAGGAGAAGAAAAGGAAGACUCGGGGCCAUAUUUGUCAGAUGUGGCCUUUGCAUCUGAACGUUCUCUCCCACCACAUACAGUUGAGGUGCCUUCUGAAUGUCAGGCCCCAGCACUUUCAACCACCUCAUCAGAACAUGUGGUCUUAUCAGAAGAGGAGACCACAGAAACCCAGUGCUAUUCACCCUCUUCCACAUUGGCUUCUGAACUUUCACUACCAUCAUACGCUGCACCAGAGUUCCAGGAGGAAGAAACUGUCCGCAGAUCCCCUCUGUAUCUGAAAGGUGCCUCGUCACCCACGAAUCUAUCUGAGCAAGAGCAGGAAGACAUUGGACCCUUUUCCCCUGAUUCUGCAUUUGUGUCAGAAUUCUCGUUUUCACCCUAUCCAACUCAGGAAGCAGAGAAGAGGGAACUUGAGUUUGAUUCCCCCAUAUGUCUGACGUCCCCAUCUGAGCACACUGUUUUGUCAGAUGAUGACACAGAAGAAGCUGGCCUCUUUUCUCCAGACUCAGCAUCGCAAGUUUCAAUCCCCCCAUAUAGAAUCUCACAGGCAGAGAAAGGUGAAACAGAGCCAGAUUCACCAUCAACUGCAAGGUCUGCUUCAGGGCACUCCUCCUUUUCUGAAGCAGAUGAGGAGGAGGUCAGGUCAAUGGCUGCUACCCCUGUGCCUGAACACGUGGACUCAUCACAGAAGCCAAGAGCUGAGCCUGUCCCUCUCACAUCUGCCUUUGAAGCGGCGACCCUGCCACCUUCAGCAGCUAUCGCAGAGCAGACAGGAAGGAUGCCAGAUGCUUCAGCAAUCUCCACCACUGUAUCGGAAUAUCUCAUCCUGGCCCAGCAGCAGGACACUCAAGCAUUUUUGGGGCCUGAAGACUUGGUUCAACCACACUUAACUAGGGGAUCGGAGAAGGCAGAAAUGAAGACUGGUUCCUCAGCCACGACAGCACCCAGUUCUUCCCCUGUGUGGUCAUCCACCAGAAAGGAAGAAACCAGACCUGUCUUGCCUGCACCUGAGUCUUUGGUCUCACCUGACUCAGGCCAUGUCAUUAAGAAAGAGCAGGAACCCAAAGCAGUACUCAGUCUAAAAGUUACAGAUGAGCAGACGGCAUUGCUGAAAGUCAACAGGGAAGAAACUGUGCUUGAUUCUCAAGAAGUUAUAGCUCAUGUGUCACAGGACCACAGACCAGAGCCACAGCCUCCAAGUGUUCCAGAGUCUGGGAUGAAGCAUUCAGUUUCAUCUGACUUAGUAGAUGAGCCAAAGAAGGACGUCAAACCCAGUUUAGCUCUGAGUGCGACUUCUGACCUAGAGCCGAGAAUGUUGUCAAAGAACGAGUUUGAAGAAACAGCACCGUGUUUACCCCCAAAGGAGGCAUCUGUUUCUGGGCCUGCAGGGCUAUCUGGAGUGACAAAGGAAGUGGAAGUUGAUUCCAAAAUAACAAGAGAGCUUCCUGCAGCUUCAUCGGAAAUAGAAAAGGCAGUUGAACAUGGUCCAUUGGCACCGUUUUCAGCUUUGACAGAAAAACUAAAGAAAGCAGUUGAGCCCAACUCUUCAAAAUCCAUGGCACCUUUAGCUAAGUUUGAUUCAAACUUGACCAACUUGGGAAGAGAAGAAAUCCUGAAAGGCUCAUCUCCUUCCACCCCCAUGGAGCAUCCAGGCCCAGCAAGAUCAGGACAGGGCGAAUUAGCAAGUGAUUUGCCAGUGCUCGUGGCAUCUAUAGAUGAGCAUUUGGUUCCUAAAGAGGAAGAGAAGGUGCCACUUAAAAGUGCUGCUUCUCUCAUCGAAGCCUCCUUAUCCACAGACUCUGCUUGGUCAGAAGCACAGAAAGAAAUUAAACUAGAUUCAUCUGCAAGCACAUCUUCUACAGCAGAGCAUUCUGUUUGGACAAAAGCAGAAACUGAAGAAGUUGAACCUGGGUUGCCAGUGUCCCAGAUGUCCCUCUCUCAGGAUUCAGAGAUCUGUGAGGGAGCAAGGGUGGAGGACAAACAAACUCCUUCAUUUUCUACAGUCCUUGACUCAGAGCAUUUGCUUUCAUCACAGAAAAAGGACUCGGUGUCUGCCUUAGAGGUCAGCCCGCGUGGUGAGUUAAAGAAAGCAGAAAGUGAACUUCCUCCAUCCCAGAAUGCAUCACCCGCAUCCAAACAUAUAGUUCCUAAAGACGAACAGAAGGAAAUAAUUAGUUCUUCUCCCAAGUCUGAGAAUUUAGUGUCAGAUGAUUUACUCUCAACAUUACUGGCUGUCAGGGAUGAUAUGAGCAAACAGGCAAAAGAAACAUCCCCACUACCACCAAGAGGUUUCCCAUCGGGAACACAAGGUCUUGUAGUGCUCCCUUCUGAGCCAGAGAAGAAACACAAGCCACCCCAGCAGUCCAAACUCCCAGCUGCUGGGUCAGAGCUCAGUGGUAGUUUAGGGAGAGAGAGUGGACCCUUCGACUUAGAGCCUGCAGAAUCUCCUGUAAGUGGAUCAGGGGAUUCUGUUUUUGAAAGGGACCUAGCUGAGCUUAGGAACAGAGGAAAAGACAGUGAAGAAAAUGGGGAACAUCGUGUGUUUUCUGAUAUCCCUGAUAUUCUGAAGCCUGACGAAGUGCUUCAUUCAGGUCAAGCUGCUAAGGUGCCCGACACGCACACAUCUCUUGCACAUAAACCAGAGCUGGGUGUGAAGCAGUUCUCUGAUAGGAAGGAGAAUUUGCCUUUGGAACAUGCAGAAUCACUCAUGACAUCAGAGCCUGCAGAUGUUGAAGGAAGAAAAGAGAAAGAGCCUCUUAUUUCUCCAAAGGGUGAUGACUGGGUGCUGAAAAAGCCAGUGACGGUGGCCAGUCACCACGAAGACAGAAAACUAGCACCUGUGCAGCCUGAUUCCCCCGGCAGCACAGAGAAUGAUGUGGGGCCCGGGCAACUCGCGGCUGUUCCAGGGGACAAGGAUCACACAUCUGAAAUCAGAAAGCAGGUCCUGUCUCAUUCUGCUGAAGAGGAGCCAGCAUCUACGCUUGAUGCGCUCAGUAGUAAUGUAGAGACUUUGUCAGUUAAAACUUAUGUUUCUGAAAAAAUUAAGUUGCACCAGGAGCCAAACUCUGUCAUUCCAACUGGAAGAGAAGAGAGAAACGCAACAGAGGAGAGGCAGAUUCAUUCUUUCAUGAGGAGCGAACAUUUGUUAUCAGAGAAAAUAGACACAGAACUUUCGAAGCCUUACAAAGAUGUGGGCCAGGAAGAAAUCAAACCGGCCCCAGAAAGAACCCUUCAGGCAGUACCUGGCCCAUCAGUGGAACAGGUGAAGCUGGAAACCGUCCUCUCUCCUGUCCAAGCAGAAGCUGUAGAGCCUACACUGGACCAGGAAAAAGAAGCGUACCAGAGCGCGAGUCCUCUGCUUGCAGAGAGGGCAGCACCAGACGCCCGAGCGGGUGGCUUGCAGGCUGUCUGUGAUGCCAAAGAAGGAAGACAACCAGCUCCUGAAGUGAAAAUCUCCACCCAAAGUCGACCUGUGCUCCCCAUUCAAGCACACGAAGCCCCUCAACCUGCAGAGACACCUGAGGGGACACAAAAGCUGUCUGAGAAGCCAACGGUAACCGAGAAAGGCCUUGCUGAAGAAAAGGGGAAGAGAAGAAUUUCAUCUUUCACGUCAUGGAUGUCCAGUUUAUUUUUUGGAUCAAGCACUCCAGAUAGCAAGGCUGCUGAAAAGGAAGAUUUAGAAACUCAGCCAAGUCCCUCUGUGGAAAAAGCAGCCAGUCCACUGGAGCCUAAAGGUACAAUUCCCAGCGAUGUGGCUGCAACUGAGAAACUAGCUGGUCAGUCACUACCUGAGGUGAAACUCAAGUCUGCUGAAGAGUCCAGAAGUGAUUCAGUUAAACCUGAGGAAGGUCACGACCUUAAAGAAAAACUGACAGUUUUAUCAAAUGUAGAAGCUGUAAGUCAGCUAAAAUCCAACUCUGGGGUCUCUAGUGAAGAUUAUGGGAAGCACGAAAUCCCAGACUAUUCAGAUGAGAUGAGCAGAAAUGGAAUUACUUCUGCUGGAGAGAAGAAGCCUCUUAGAACUCAACCUUAUUCCUCGACAGGUGAGCAACUGGUUAUGGAAGAAACCAAAAGGUCUAUUCCUCUUCAUGUUACUGAGAAUCAGGGGCACCAGAAGCCAGAAAUCGCUCCUCGAUCUAAAUGGAAUAUUUCUGCUCUUAAGGAAGAGCCAAGCCAUGAACAAAAAGAAAAAUCACUCGACGUCGUAGAUAAAGUGACACAACAGCCAGAAUCAGCUUCGUCCAACUUUGAAAGUAAAAAUACCAUGAAGGAAUCCAAGAAGCCAGAGCCAAUAAUUUUGCCAGCAGACUCAGACAUCAGUUUAAUUGAUCGUGGUGAGGAAAGACUAAAGAAAGAAAUGCCAGAGCCGAGUUCUUUGAAAUAUUCUGAAGAGGAAGUAAAACGCCCAAUGCAGGGAAAAGAUAGCUUGGAAAGUAGAUCCUGUGCCUUGGCAGAAAAGAGGGAGCUGGCAGGAAAGCAAGGCGUCAUGGCCACCUUAGAGCUUGGAGAAAAUAAAGAAUUAGAGAGAUGGCAAGUGACACAGGAAGCUCGGCCUUUCAAUCGGGAAGAGGCCAAACCUGCCGCUGAGCUGGAGCACGGGGAAAGGGGGAGAGAAGACCAGGAAGAGCCGGCGCGGCGGUCUGCGGAAGGGAGGAAUCAGGAAACCAGGCCUGGUUCCCCGCACGCGCGCGCGGCCGUGCCCGGCGAGGCAGCUGUCCCCGUAAGCCAGGCUUUGGGUGAAACUCAGCCAUCUUCACUGGUCAGGACACCGCCAGUUACUGCAAAGCCAGGAAGCGUGCUCUCAGAGCUGGUCCCCGCAGCCGGGGCAAGAAAACCAGCAGCGAGCCGACGAGACCCGCCGGAGGAAAGCGAGGCGCUGGUGGAGAGGCCCGGGUCCCCCCGCCCCGAGGCGGUGGCGCUUCCUCGCGGUGAGGUCGGCGACGAGCCCCCGCCAGCCCCGGGAGGGCGCGCGGUCCCGGCGGGUCCGAGCGAGGAGAGGCAGCGCGUGGCGACGCCCGGGCUGCGGGCAGGUGACGGCGAGGGGCCGGCGCCCCCGCUCGGCGCCGCUGCGCGCACAUCAGCUCACGCGUCCGAGGAAGCGAGGCGGUCGGGAGCCCAGCCCUGCCCAGCGCCGUCCACGAAGCCUCCGGCUCCGGCUCCAGGAGCUUCCGCCGAGGCUGAGGCCGCGAGCAAAGGAGAAGCUCCGCGGGCAGAGAGGCCGACGGUGCACACCAUGCAAACGCCGAACGGCCGCCCGUCCGAGAUGCCUAAGCAGUCCGUCGUCAGUUCGAGGCGCCCCUCGGGGGCUGUGGAGAACGCCCCCAGGAAUGCGCCGGCCCCGCCAGCGGCCAGCAACUACGCGCGGUUUAUACUGAGCGCCGCGCCCGCCGCCGCCAGCGACUCGCCCCGGCCGCCGGCUGCGGAAGAGGCCGGAUCUGCAGCCGCUGGCACGCCCGCUGGGCUUGCGGAGCAGCGGCCGAGCGCCUUCCGCACCGCUUCGGAGGGCUGCGAGACACUGAACGUCCACGCGCCCGCCCUCGUUGCUCCGCUGGACCAGGAAGAGGGCGAGGGCUCGCCCGAGAGCGCCCCGCCGGGAACCCGGCCCCGGCCCGACGGCGAGGCCGCUGCCUCCCGGGAAGCGCCGGCCCGCGCGCCUCGCGGUCCCGACGGGGAGCUCGCGGCCCUGCGCGCCCGGGAGCCAGCGGACGCGCCUCGAGCCGAGCCGCUGCAGUCCACGCGCCCAGAAGAGGAUUAUUUUGAGAAGUACACUUUGAUUGAUUAUCAGCUCUCCCCAGUCCCAGGAAACCUGAAAGCUGUGCAGAAAUUAGCUGCCGGAGGACUUUCAAAGGAAGGACGGGAAGAAACCGCCUCGUCCCCAGACCGUUCCCAGGACCGUGUCCUAGAGCGUGAGCAUGACCUGGGGGCGGUAGAUGAAAGCUCCGACGGGCUGGAAAAGGACCACAGCAAGUUACCUCGCCCAGAGAUGCAAAAGCCUCUGGCUGUCCAGCAGUCGCUGGGUGGAAGCGCUUCAAAGGUUGCCAACAGAGGUGUGGGCUGCAGGUCACCCGGGAUGCCUUUGUUUGACACCGACGAAGGCGUUCUGUCAAGGAGUCCCAUGUUUCCUACCACUGCCAAGGCUGUCGAUCCGGAGCUUCUGCAGGAGCCACCUGCACUUGCAUUUUUAUAUAAGGAUCUGUAUGAAGAGGCAGUUGGGGAGAAAAAGGAAGGGGAGACAGCUUCUGAGGGUGACAGUGCAAAUUCUGAGGCAUCAUUUCCAAGGAGACAUUCUGACACUGAUGAUGGAACAGGGCUGUAUUUUGAGAAGAACUUACUCAAAGAUGACAUGUCUGUAUCUCCAGAGGAUCAAGGCCACGGUCUGGAGGAAAAACUGCUUGGCAAGGAUUAUUCACAGCAGCUCAGAGCUGCAGGAGGGGAAGUUGUGGGGAAGCCUGGAACCACUUCAUGGGAGAAGAGUUUGGAAGAGGAACGCAAGGCUGCUUACAGGGAACGAGAGCCCACAGACCAUGGGAAGAAAGCUCCCAUCACAGAGGAAGUUCCAGUGGUUGCUCUAAAAAUGAGCUACGUGGUUCCAUUUGAAGACACUCCGCAUGCUGUGGAGGGCGGAGAUGGCCCAAGCAGUCAGGGUAACGAAGUAGCUAAUGCGAGUCCAGAGAUCCAUGUGAAUGUCCCUGUGCAAGUGUCUUUCCCAGAGGAGGAAUUUGCCUCUGGUGCCACUUAUAUUCCAGAAACACCACCAGGAGAACCUAAUGAGUUGGUCUCACCUGAGCCAAGUAAAGAAAGGGCCCAGAAUAGCCCUGUGCAGGACGAGUAUGAGUUUGCUGAAUAUCUGGAUCAUGAAGUGGUCAGUCGAGGCAUUUUAUCAGAAGAACUGUAUUCAGAAACUACACAGGAAGAUGUGUUAUCUCAAGGACCACAAUCCUUUGAACACAUCAGAAAACGUGAAUCUGUGAGUGAGGGACAGCAAAGCAUGUCUGCUGAACAGAAAGAGUUGGGUGGAGAAAGGAUGGAGCAUGGCCAGUUAGCACCAGCGUUAGUCACUGAGAAGGCACAAAAGGAACCAAGAAAACCCCAGAUCGACUCAUAUUGCUACACUUGCAAAAGCCUAAUUUCUGCAACGGACAAGGUGUUUGACACACAUAGAGACCAUGAGAUUUCACCGCUUGACACAGCUAUAAGUGCUGUUAAGGUUCAACUAGCAGAAUUUCUUGAAAGUCUACAAGAAAAGUCACUGAGGAUUGAAGGCUUUGUUAGUGAGAUUGAAUCUUUUUUUAAUACCAUUGAGGAAAACUGUAGCAAAAAUGAGAAAAGACUAGAAGAGCAGAACGAGGAAAUGAUGAGGAAGGUUUUGGCGCAGUACGACGAGAAGGCCCAGAGCUUUGAGGAAGUGAAGAAGAAGAAGAUGGAGUUUCUGCAUGACCAGAUGGUUCACUUUCUCCAGAGCAUGGACACAGCCAAGGACACCCUGGAGACCAUUGCGAGGGACGCAGAGGAGCUGGAUGAGGCUGUGUUUCUGACUUCGUUUGAGGAAAUCAAUGAAAGGCUGCUCACUGCCAUGGACCGCACGGCCUCUUUAGAGCACAUGCCCGCUGCCUUCUCGCUGUUUGAACACUAUGACGACAGCUCGGCCAGAAGUGACCAGGUGUUGAAACAAGUGGCCGUUCCACAGCCUCCCAGACUGGAACCCCAGGAACCAAACUCUGCUACCAGCACAACACUUGCCGUUUACUGGAGUAUGAACAAGGAAGAUGUCGUUGACUCAUUCCAGGUGUACUGCAUGGAGGAGCCACAAGACGACCAAGAAGUGAACGAAUUGGUAGAAGAAUACAGACUGACAGUGAAAGAAAGCUACUGCGUAUUUGAAGACUUGGAGCCUGACCGAUGUUACCAAGUGUGGGUCAUGGCUGUGAACUUCACUGGAUGUAGCCUGCCCAGUGAAAGGGAAAUUUUCAGAACAGCACCCGCCACCCCGCUGAUUCGUGCCGAGGACUGUACCGUGUGUUGGAACACAGCCACUGUCCGGUGGCGGCCUGCUAACCCAGAGGCUCUGGAGACCUACACGCUGGAGUACUGCAGACAGCACUCUCCCGAGGGCGAGGGCCUCAGAUCUUUCUCUGGAAUUAAAGGACUUCAGCUGAAAGUUAACCUUCAACCCAAUGACAAUUACUUUUUCUACGUGAGAGCCAUCAACACAUUUGGGACGAGUGAACAGAGCGAAGCUGCCCUCAUCUCCACCAGAGGAACUAGAUUUCUCUUGUUGAGAGAAACGGCUCACCCUGCUCUGCAGAUUUCCUCGAAUGGGACGGUGAUCAGCUUCGUCGAGAGGAGACGGCUCACUGAAAUCCCCUCUGUGCUGGGCGAGGAGCUGCCUGCCUGUGGCCAACAUUACUGGGAAACCACAGUAACAGAGUGCCCAGCGUAUCGACUGGGUAUCUGCUCCAGCUCGGCUGUGAGGGCUGGGGCCCUGGGGCAGGGGGAGACGUCAUGGUACAUGCACUGCUCUGAGCCGCAGAGAUACACAUUUUUCUACAGUGGCAUAGUGAGUGAUGUACAGGUGACGGAGCGUCCAGCCAGAGUGGGCAUUCUGCUGGACUACAACAACCAGAGACUUCUGUUUAUCAAUGCUGAGAGUGGACAGUUACUCUUCAUCGUGAGGCACAGGUUCAGUGAGGCUGUUCACCCUGCCUUUGCCCUGGAGAAGCCUGGCAAAUGCACCCUGCAUCUGGGCAUAGAGCCCCCAGACUCCGUAAGGCACAAGUGAUCCUUGCCUUUCGGAAUUUGCCAAGAGCAAGACCCAAAUUCUGGGGAGUAGGGGUGGGUCUUUCUCUUGAGUCCCACACAGGUGCUCCACACUCUGCACGGGAGGGACCCGCCGAGAGCGCCUUGACCUGCAGAGCCGCGUGUGAGUGAAGACGGGAGAGCAGCUCCACCCUUCCCUGCACACGUGCGGAGUCUUUCCUAGAGUCAAAGGACUUUCAGGAGACCCGGGAACCAAACUAGAGACGUAGACUUCCAUCUGUUUUACUGGUCAAACAAACCCUCUGGUAGCUGAGUCAGAGUGAGCACAAAGUCGUACUAGUGAUACGUCUGUGUUGACGAAGACACGGAUGUCUUCCACAUGGAAACGUCACCUCAUUUCACGACAGGAUGAUGAAUCCUAAUCUUUUAGAGAAAGUGUGUUAUCUCACCUGAAUUUACAAUGAGCUCUUUUGUAAUUAUGUACACUGUAGGAUGUAAGUCUUGUUCCCUGAAGUUUUAAAUGUAGAAAAGCAGUAGCCAUCAAAAAAUGUCCAUUUUGUUAAAUAAAU